CCAACCAGGGCCGUCCUCGCUGAUGACAAUGGAAGGACUAGAUUACCCUUGGUUAGGAGAUGGUUAUCUAAGUACCUAUGAUUAUGAUAUUCCUCAAAAGCCAUUGUCCCAUAACAAGAAGCUUCCAGUUCCUCAAUGUCAAGCUGACUUUCAGGGCAUCCAAAAUUCAAGAAAACGUCCAAUUGACAUUACUAAGCUCGUAUCUAAAAGGAACUCUAGUAAACUGGUGGGCAACAAAUCUGCGCUGAAUGAAGGUACAAGAAAUAAGAAGAUGGAACUUUGCUUUCAAGAGCAGGGGCACACCACAAUCCAGGAAGAGAGAAUGGAAACCCAAAGAGCGCCCGCACGGAGAAGCCAAAAGCUAAGUGACAGAAUUACAGCUCUGCAGAAACUGGUUUCUCCUUAUGGCAAGGCUGACACAGCUUCAGUUCUUCAAGAGGCUUCCAUAUCUAUCAAGGUUCUUCAAGAUCAAAUUCAGAAUUUGUUGGAGACGCUGAGUACCUCAUAUGUCAGCAUCAGACCUCUUCACUCACAGUUACAGGAAACUGGAGGGAAACAAUUCAAUUUGCGCAACAGAGAGCUUUGCUUGGUUCCAGUAUCUUUCACUCACAGAUUGGCAAAGGAAGGUCAUGCUAAUCCACACGCUGCCUAAUACUGAAAUGCCUCCAUAACUAGCUUCACUCUGGUACAAAGUGUGCCACUACACAUAUCUUUGAAGCGUAA